AUACACAUUUGUCCACUGUUACUUCUGCUUCCCCCAUGACUAGUCCUUCUGUAGGUGUUGUGGAUAAUAAUGCAAGAUCUUUUCAGAGCUCUUAUCUUAGCACACAGGAAGAUCUCUCUUCCUCUGUUUUGUCUCCUGAGAACUGUAGUUCUGUGAAGGUAGCGCACAGUGCUGAGGGAGGAGGUGAUCCAUGGGAGGGCCUUUACAAAGAUGACCAGGGCAGGGAUGCUCAGGCAAGACAGCAAAAACAUGAUCAGGAAACUAGUGUCUGCGAUUACCCAGAGGGAAGAAUUACUCCUGGACAGUGUGCUCCAGUGGAAGCAGGAGACUCCUCUGAUCUGCAGACCAUUAAUGAUUUAGGUGAUCAAAAAAUCCUUGCAAGCAACUUCCCGACAUCAGAGGACAAAGACUUCCCAAGAGCAGUAUCAGGAAAACGAGCAGGAGGCAGACUGUCUAUUUCAUCCUUCAAAGAAGAAAAUGUGCCAUAUCCUUUACCAGCUCCAGCACUUUUGGAUGCAUUUAAUCUUCCCAGCAUGGACUCCAGGGAACGUCUCUUAGCUCACUCUCUUUUAGCCCCAACUUUAUAUGCAUCUGAUGCUGCAGAGGUUUCAACCUGCUCAUUAACUGCUUCAUUUCAACUGCACACUGAACUGGAGUCAGCAGACAUGCAAACUGAAGAUAAGAUUCUCCAUCCAAAAAGCUCUGAGGCUCUGAAGUAUAGCCCUGUGACUCUGGGUUGCAUGUCCUCUUCAAAACUGGAAGAUGCCUGUGACUCUAAGGAUCCUGAUGAUCAUAUACAAGAUCUUCUCUCUGUGUCAGUAGAGAGUACAAAGACUUUUAAUCUUUCAUCUGCUUCCAGAAAUUCAGAAAACCUUUCUGGAGGAAAAAGCUCCAAUUUAAAAGCAAGUUUCAGUGACAGAGUGGAGAGUGAGAGCCGGAGGGACUGGGCUUUAUCGGAGAGAGACAUUGAGUUCCAGUUGCAGCAAUGUCAGACUGUGCUCAAAGAUAUUUCUCAGAUUCUCCACACUGUGGAAGGCAUCGAUGGAGAGCACAUGGAGGAAUGGAGAGAACAGAUUGACAAGUUGCAGAAAGAAACAAAAAUGCCAAAGACAUAUAUUGCUGUGGUGGGAAACACGGGUGCAGGGAAAAGCAGCUUGUUAAAUGCCUUGCUGGGUGAGGAAGCUGUGCUGCCAACUUCUGCUAUGAGAGCCUGCACAGCUGUGGUUGUGGAGAUCUCCAAGACUGCUGAGACCAGUCCAUAUGAAGCAGAUGUAGAGUUUCUCUCUAAAGAAGAAUGGUUUAGCGAGUUGAAAGCACUCCUAGAAGAUAUGAAGGACAAGUCAGGUAACUUGAAGAAACGAUGCCCAGAUCGCAAGACAGAAGCUGGUGUUGCCUACUGCCGUGUGAAAGCUGUGUAUGGGAUAGUAGCAGAGCUUUCAGAACUGGAAGAGUUGCAGGAGGUUACUCAGCAUCUUGGAACAGUGAAACACAUAUCUGCAGCAACGGCCACAGAUUUUCGCACAAAAAUAGAGAAAUUUAUUGACUCACGGACUGAUAACUUGCGGGACAUGAGAGGUGGAGAAUUCUGGCCAAUCGUUAAAUGUGUCAAGAUUCGUGUUCCCAAGGCUGAUGUCUUGAAGACAGGAGCAGUGCUGGUGGACUUGCCUGGAAUACGGGAUUCCAAUGCUGCCAGGGAUAAUGCAGCCAAAGAGUAUCUAAAAAACUGCAAUGCAGUGUGGGUGGUGGCCAACAUCAAUAGAGCUGUAGAUGACAAGACAGCCAAAGAGAUGCUGAACAUCAACCUGCGGAGGCAGCUACUCAUGGAUGGCCAAUACAGGCGCUUGGCUUUCAUCUGCACCAAGACUGAUGCCUUCAACAUUUCAGAAAUAAUCAGUGAUCUGGAUUUAAAAGAUGAGAUUGAGCCAAUUGAAAGGGAGUUGGAAGACCUGGAGAAUCAUCGAGGGCAAAUGGAAUUGGAAAAGGAAGCUCUCUAUGCUGAACUUCAACUGGAGCAUCAAGGGCAGGGACCUCACGCAAGAAAUUCAACCUCAUUUCAGAAGGAGAAUGAGCUGAGGAAGAUGAUCUUGGAGAAGGAAUUCAAAAUCAAUGCCUUACUGAAAGAGAAAGAAGCAAAACUUCGCGCUAUUAGUCUGAUUUGUGUUCAGUCCCGAAACAAGUACUCCAAGCAACAAAUUUGGCUGGAUUUCAUCAAUGGCCUUCAGGAAAUGAAGAAGAAGGCUACACUAGCUGAAUGUGAGGAAGAUGAGUAUGAAGAGGAAAUGGAGGAUGUGGAACUAAAUACUCUGGAUGCAAGUGAUCUGGGUGAAGCAGGAUCCCAACAUAAUAAACUUCAGGUUUUCACAGUCAGUUCCACAGAGUACUUGAAGCUGCAUGGGAAAUUGCUCCGAGAAGGACAGCCCCAGGUCUUUCACAAUGAUGAGGAUACAGAAAUCCCAGCUCUGAAGAAGUUUGCAGUUCACACUGCCCUGCAGCAUGGCAUGGUGGAAACAGAGAAGCUGAUAAGAGAUGUGACUCGUGUCAUAAGUCAAGUUGUCAAUUAUCUGACCAACCAGAGAGCACAGGAUCACUCUCACCGGGCCCAAGUUCAAGAGAUCGUACAGACGUGCCUCUCGAAAGUACCUGAGCUCCUCCAGGAGGCAGUGGAUGACAGCGUCCAUGAAAUCCAGUACUGCUUCUCAGUCCUGCUGCUCUCUCACCUGAAGAGGGGAGCCAGAAAAGCAGAGGAUGUGUGCGAGGAGAAAGUCAGAAGCUGGGGGUUACCUCACUGUGGAUAUCCAUAUGCUACGUAUCGAGCUGUGUGUGCCCGUCAAGGUGUGUACAGCUCUGUGGCGUGUGGGUUCAUCGAUUUCAAUGAGCAGCUCACAGAGCCUAUAUACAGCACCAUUUCCAUGACCUGGAAUGAUGUUUUCAGCUCUAAACUUGGUGAGUCUAUCAAACAGUUCAGUAAAGCUAUUUUGGAUAAACUGAAACAGUUCUUCAAAGAUCUCAAGAACAAACUCUAUGAAAAGGGCAGAAACACAUAUCCAGUAAACCUCAUACAGAGACAGCAGAUGGAAGCUGCUCAGGCUUUGUUAUGUAACUUCAUUCUUGAUCAGAUAGAUUACAUCAAUAAAAGGCAGCGUGGUAUAUCUCGUGUCCUGACACCAGAAAUACAGGCUAGCAUGAAACCAAUAUACACAGUUUGUAACCAGCUGAAUGGUCCAGGUUCUUUCCAGAGAAUGAAAAACCUCAUGCAGGAUUACAUCCAUGAGCACAAGCAGAGCAUGUUCAGCACAGCCAUGUACAAAUUACAGCAACAACUUGAGUUGCUGCAGCAAUACAUCUGUGCCAGUUUUGAGUGGUUGGUGCAGAAUCUGAAUAAAUCCCUGACUAGGCAAUUUGAGCCAAUACUGAAGACUGUCCAGAAAAAUGACAACAUUGUUCCAGAUUUAGUAAGCAUCUGUGCCAAAGUUCACCAGAUUUGUAAACUCUCCUUCGUGGAUUACGCGCUUCCCAACCCUAGUCAAAUAGGUGCCUGUUCCAGAUCUGCUUCCCCUGAGAAAGAGCUGCAGGAGGGCAGGGAACCUCCAGACUUCGUGGGAAAGUGCAGUGUUGUCCGUAUUGGGACUUUGCCACUUAUUCAUAUCGCUUCCAUUCAGAUAUCUGUACAAGAAAUCACCAUCAGCUUCAGAGGGAAUGAAAGCCUGAUGGUGCCAUUCAGCAGCGUGUAUUUCUGUGAAUGUUGCUUCCAUUUGUAUUAUCUGAACCUGCACGUUUCUCCUGAAGGUGCCAAUGGUAUUUACUCCAGGUGGGGAACAUGCACACCCAGAGCAAACCUAGGUAAUGAGGAGGUUCUUGUUGUCCUGGAGACACCAGAGGACCCAGGGUCUUUCCGUAGAUUGAUGGAAUUCGUAUCGGAGAAACACUCUGGCACUCCCUGGUUCCGCGAGCUGAGCCUUCAGCAGGGAAGAGAGAAACUGGAAUCUCUGCAGGUGUAUUACACAGCCGAGGAAUCAAAAUAUGCUCAUGGAGAAGAACUUCCUGAGAUUCCAGGUUCUAGUUUGCCAGAGGAUUUACCAGUGGCUGGCUCCACUGCAUGUCAACCCCUGACUGUUGGCCCAUGGUUGCAUACAAACAGCAGAAAGAGAGGAGGAGGAGGAGAAAUCCUGUCACAGCCAGAGAAAAAACACAAAGGCAGUGCUGUAGAAAAGAGCCCAGAAGUGAAGCCAGCUGAGAACCUCCUGCUGAGCCAGCAAAUACCUGGCAGUUUGGAGAUCUCGGUGAAAAGCAUCUUGCCAGGUGAAGCAGUGAGCACAAGCAGAGCAGGCCUGCAAGGAUGUUACCAGUGGACUACAGCUUCCUUUCAAGGCACAUCCUCAUCUAAGGCGGAGGUGAAACAUGAGACAGACGCGUUCCUUAUCCUGCACUCAACAGAUCUCUCUCACGUCCAAGACGAAGACGGUGCUUGGAGAACGUGCCAGCCCCCAGAACCUCGAGAAGGCAGCAGCUCCAGUAUGGAUGCAAAGGAGACGAGUGGGAAUGCACACCCAGCAAGGGGCUUCUGGGCUGCACAUUCUUGGCUUCCUGGGAGGAGUAUGUCCAAGAGAGCACAACAGAGCUUUGGUAGAAGGCUGCAACGUUUGCUUGAAUAAUACCUAUUUCUUUGAAUAAUACCUAUUUGAGAGCAAAAUUAAGCCAAAUUAUCCAAAUGCAAGAAAGACAGAGUCCUGGGAGUCUGCCUCUGUCCAGAACACAAUUCCAGAAUGCAUCCAGCAACUUUUCAACGUGGCUUUGAACAGAGGAAAGAGUGAAACAGGUUAAAGCAAAAGAAAAGGAAAGGCUUCCUAAAUCCAUUUAGUGACGGACUCUGAAGUCUCUUGAAACGUGUCUGUAAGUCCAGAGCCAUAAUAGAGAGUCAAUUCACCAGCUUGGAGAGGGGAAAUGGGAUAGUGUGAACUGACUAGCAAAAACCCUUUACAAUAAUUAGGAUCUCCAUUGCCAAAAAAAGAAAGAAGAAGAAAACAGAAAACCAGGACGAGCAAAAAAUGUCAUAACAGGAGGGCACUAAACAAUGGUUUGUCAUGGAUCCUUGUGGACUGCAGCAGCAUAGCGCUCAAAAUUCAGCAGGGAUGGGGAAAAAAAGACUUUUGGAGUUUAAAAGUAUUGAAUUGCACUUGUUUAGGGGUUUGUUUUACUGAGUGUCGUAUUAAUUUCCUUCUUUCAAGUGGCAUAGCCAAAGGUUGGGGCAAGUGAAAGGCCUGGGUUUUUUUGUUGGUCCAAGUGGCCGUUCCUGCGUCUCGUCACACGAGCACUUUGUUCCUGGUGUUACGCGCUUCGGCGCCGGUGAGGACGUGCCCGAAAGCUGGUCCUGGUGAAAGGAGAAGCCCUGGGAGGCGACGGAGCGAGCCCCCGUGGGAAGCACCCGUGCGCUGCAGCGGGGUUCCCGUGAAUUCACUUACCGGUUUCAUUAAGGCGUUUGCUCUCUGCCCGUCUCCCCUUCUGCGCGCUCCUCCCUGUCGCUCUGUCCUUCCCCUCUUGUGCUGCCUCGUGGUGGCAGUAGCAAGGUAUGUUUCAUGUUGUGGGUCAAGGUGGACCCUUAACCUCUAUCGGACUUUGGGGAGUAAAGGAAAUAACUGUUGGGA